AUGCGAGGAGAUCACCGAUACCCGACUGUUAUGCUCGAAGCGGUUGCAUCUCAAGAUUUAUGGCUUUGGCAUGCUUUUUGCGGUCCACCAGAUUCACAAAACGAUAUCAAUGUGCUACAACAAUCUCCGUUAUUUUUAACGGAACGAAAUGGAACCGCGUCUAAAUAUCCAUUUUACGUUAACAACCAUUUAUACAAACGUGGUUAUUUGCUCGUGGAUGGAAUCUACCCUACAUGGUCCGUGUUUGUGAAAUCGAUCCCAUACCCUCACGAAGUAGACGAAAAAAAGUUCAAGAGGCAACACGAGGUGGCAAGAAAAGACGUUGAACGUGCUUUUGGUGUUUUGAAGUCGAAAUGGGGUGUAUUGAGUCGGCCGAUCUGA